AUGGCGGAGCCCACCGAGAGAGACCAGUUCACGGAUGAGGAGGAAGAUGACUUCCUGGAGGACGGCGUGCAGAGCCUUGGAAGCGAGGACGAGAAUGAAAGAGGGGAAGGAGCGGGGGGCAAGAGGAAGCGGCUGGGGAAUAGCCUGGGCGGGAUCGGUAAGCGUGGGGUGUGCUACCUCAGCCGCGUCCCGCCGCACAUGAACCCGUCGCACAUCCGCCAGAUGCUCUCCAAGUACGGCGAGGUGCUCAGGAUUUAUCUCGUGCCUGAAGGUCAAGGUCAUCGGAAGCAUACUACUGUUAAAGCGAAGGCUUACUCCGAAGGGUGGAUUGAAUUUGCGAAGAAGAGUGUUGCCAAGAGAGUGGCUAAUCUGCUUAAUGGUGAACAGAUAGGCGGGAAGAAGAGAUCUCCAUUUUAUUAUGACAUUUGGAACAUUAAAUACCUCAGGAAGUUCAAAUGGGAUGAUCUUGUUGGUGAAAUGGCUGAGAAAACUCAUAUCAGAGAGCAGAAAUUAACCUUGGAGAUAGCAGCAGCAAAGAAACAACGUGAUCACUACCUGUCCAACAUUGAAAAGUCUCGCGCAUUGAAACACAUUCAAGAGCGCAGGAAAAAGAAGCAGAAGACGGAAGGAGCAGAAGGCAGUAAUGUCCCAGAAACAAAAACUGCUCGUCCAAUUCCUCAAAAGAAACCAGUUGGUGAGACGGAUGCCAAAACUAAAUCUACGCUUUCAAAAGACAUUUUAGCUGGGGUAUUCGGGGGUUCAUCAUGA